GAUGCGAGUGAUAACAACAUCGAAAAUGGAACUGUAAUUUUCACCUUCAGCUACAGAGCACUCUAUCAGCCUCCGGAACAUAUUCUAAACACGAAAAAUUCAACAAAGACGCAAGAACAGCUUCUGAGAUGUUCUCAGACCAGCGAAGUUAAUUAUGAAAAUACCUGCACGCCACUGACUUCAGUUCUACGCGCAGCCCUAACGUUCCUUCAAGGAUCGAUAUUUAGGUGGAAUCUAAUUUGAUUGGUGAAAGGAGGAUUUUGCGCUCGUGCAACCUUUUUGCCAUCUGCCUUUCAGUCCCACAAGUAUAGCUGAGAGGGUGACUCGGUGAGCCACGAGUAUAGCAGGAUGUUUCGUAGGGUGUGUGUCUCUUGGGUAGUUCAUACGGGGGAGAAAUGUGCCGUUUAAUCCGCGAUGGUCAACUUCUUCGAGAUGUGCCUGUGUCUUAUGAUCGCGAAGAACUCUAAUGGGACUCUAGCCACAGUUUUGGCAUCCUCCAAAGCCAUGGACUUGAGUUGUAGAGCUAGAUCUCGAUGAUCCUUCAAGACUACCCUAGUGCCAUACAAGGAAUGAAGAUGUGGAGAUCUCUGCUGGCCAGACACCUUACUCUAGUGAUUAUCUCUUCUCUGAUUGUCAUAGGUGAGGGUUCAGAAGAUGAAGAACGAUUGGUCCGUGAUUUAUUCAGGGGUUAUAAUAAAUUAAUUCGCCCUGUUCAAAACAUGACGGAGAAAGUUGAUGUUAGGUUUGGAUUGGCUUUUGUUCAGCUAAUCAAUGUGAAUGAGAAGAAUCAAAUCAUGAAAUCAAACGUGUGGCUCAGAUUGGUUUGGACUGAUUACCAGCUACAGUGGGACGAAGCCGAUUACGGCGGAAUUGCGGUGCUAAGACUACCUCCAGAUAAAGUUUGGAAACCAGACAUAGUACUUUUCAAUAAUGCCGAUGGAAACUACGAAGUUAGGUAUAAAUCGAACGUAUUAAUAUACCCCAACGGAGAAGUACUAUGGGUUCCUCCAGCUAUUUAUCAGAGUUCGUGUACUAUAGAUGUAACUUAUUUCCCUUUCGACCAGCAAACGUGCAUUAUGAAAUUCGGCUCGUGGACUUUCAACGGCGACCAAGUUUCCCUCGCACUGUAUAAUAAUAAAAAUUUCGUCGACCUCUCGGACUACUGGAAGUCUGGUACGUGGGACAUCAUCGAAGUACCAGCCUACCUGAAUAUCUACGAAGGGAACCAUCCAACAGAAACAGAUAUUACGUUUUAUAUCAUUAUAAGGCGCAAAACGCUAUUUUAUACGGUGAACUUGAUACUCCCAACAGUCCUCAUUUCGUUCCUUUGCGUCCUCGUAUUCUACUUGCCUGCUGAAGCCGGUGAAAAGGUCACCCUUGGAAUCAGUAUUUUGCUGUCAUUGGUUGUGUUUUUACUACUUGUGUCAAAAAUUCUACCUCCCACAUCGUUGGUAUUGCCUUUAAUUGCAAAAUACCUCCUUUUCACAUUCAUCAUGAAUACAGUUAGUAUUCUCGUUACAGUUGUGAUAAUAAAUUGGAACUUCAGGGGUCCUAGAACACAUAGAAUGCCUUCCUGGAUUCGUUCUGUUUUCUUAAAUUAUUUACCCACACUGUUAUUGAUGAAGAGGCCGCGAAAAACAAGGCUAAGAUGGAUGAUGGAGAUGCCUGGCAUGGGUGUUCCACCAAAUCCUUAUGGUUCGCCCACAGAUAUCCCAAAACACAUAAGUUCUAUCGAGUCACAAAGCAAAGUAGACGUUAUGGAACUGUCUGAUCUUCAUCAUCCCAACUGCAAAAUAAACAGAAAGAUGAAUUCAGACCUAGGUCCUAGUGUUGGAGCUGAAAGUUGCAGGAGGGAAAGUGAAAGCUCAGAUUCCAUACUGUUGUCGCCAGAAGCUUCCAAGGCCACAGAAGCUGUGGAGUUUAUUGCAGAACAUCUACGUAAUGAAGACCUCUACAUUCAAACAAGAGAGGACUGGAAGUACGUGGCGAUGGUAAUCGAUAGACUCCAGCUGUACAUGUUUUUUCUUGUUACCACGGCCGGUACAAUCGGUAUAUUAAUGGACGCACCUCAUAUUUUCGAAUACGUCGAUCAAGAUAAAAUAAUAGAAAUCUAUCGCGGUAAGUAGAAAAGUCAUCUGCAUCGAUCUUUCAAAUCACGUGGCUUCCAAGCGUUAUAUCGCAAAGGCCUACAAAUUCGAUGGCAUAUAGUGACUGUUCAAUAACAGACCGGACAUGCUAUAUAUAGAAACCGUAAGAUCACGUUACGUCGACGCGAGUGUUUUUCAUCAUUUUGUUCCUUAAAAAAUCGCAAAAGUGACAAUCGAAGAGGGAGGUGUAGAGGAUAUGUCUCCGAAAGGUUCGGUCAAGAUACCCAUGAAGACCAGAAUCCGUAGCUCAAUACAAGAUGACUUGGGAGCUUCGCAGCCUUAUUCCAAACCUUCCCGAAAAAACGGCAAACGUAACCAUAGAGGCCGCGGUUCUCCCGAGAAAACGGAAAUAUUAACACUGUCUAUAUUUAGUUUAGAGUAGAUUGGGUCCAUUCAGAUUGAAUGAGACUAGGCAGUGUUAUACAGUAACGUGCUGCAUCGUAUAGUGAACUGGUGCUAAGUACAUGCGUAAGUGCCUCUUGCACCAGCUCUACAUUCGUCCAUAAACGACGCCGAAGCCUACAGCUCAAACACCAACCUGUACAUUACAGAACUUCACCAUCAAUUAAUUUAUUUAAAUAACGUAGAUAAUAUAAAUGUAAGAAAGCAUUUAGGCCAACAUCGAAAUUAACAUUAACUCAUUCACCUUUUUGUUCAACAGUCCGAUAACAAUAAACAUUCAACAGAUAUGGGACAUUCGGGGCUUUUUAGCCGUGGUCUAGUCGCUCGACGUUUUUGCCAUUCUAAUACUGCCGUGGGCAUCUUCUGUCGAUGUUAUUCAAAUGUUUGUAAGCCAUGCCAUCCCAAUAUUAAAAAAAUCGAAUAUCAUCGACACAAGAUGAGAAGAAACACCAAUAUUUCAUAGCACUUAGUUAUCAGCAAUAUAUCAAACUCAAACUGGAACGUCAGUUGAAAAAACGACUAGAGCACAGUUAAAAAUCCCUAAAAUGUUCAACUCCUUCGAAUAAUCCUCAGCAUUACAACAUAAACAUUGUUUAAAGGCGUGCCAAAUCUCUCACUAGCUGAGUUCAUUUGUCUUCACUGUUGAUAUAUUCAAGCGAUUUGUGCCUGUUUUCACCAAGCUAAGCACUCACUGAUUCGUGGUUGCUAAUAAAAUUGCCAAGUGCCAAUAUUGAACGAGUUUGCAAGAAUGUAUAAAUGAUAUUUCUGUUUGUUCCGAUUUUGUGUACGAAAGUCCAUCGAAAAUCUGAGAAAAUUCGUUGUUCGUGUAAUUACUUUGGUUUGGUGUGCGUUCCAUUCGUAUGAACAAUAAUAGAGUCCAUGUGAUAUGCCUACCGCAAUAAUUUUAUCUGUUUGUUGUUGCAAUUGGGAAAAACUGACCCAAAUCGACACUGCGAUGAAGCUGCUGCUUUAACCAUUCUCGAUGAACAAUUUUUACGGAGUGUAGUAAAAAAAAAUGUUGACUGUUUAAUUGUUAAUAUAGUUUGUGCGGCCUUUUGGUCCACUUUGAUGUUCAGCUUACUCAGGGUAUCCACCAAAAGUAAAGAGAGUCUUUUAUGUAGCAUUCGUUAAUAAGUUCAUAACUGAACAUAGAACAUACAUUUCAUAAUCCAGUGGAUUUCAUAAGAGACAUUUGCCUUUUUCUAGAAUUUCCGGUCUUCCAUUUGUACAAAGUUACUUUCUACUGGAAACUCCUGAAAAAUUUCUCAGAUUUUAUGAUGCGAGCUAAUUUUAACAAUAAAUUGCAGAGUAGAUGAAUUUGUGAAUAAUAGAAAUACGCUAUAUGUUAAAUUGCUCAAUAAUAAAUUAAUCCGAAAUUGUAACUAAACGUAACGAUAAUCUUAGGUUUUUUCAAACAGUUUUUUUCCAAUGAACAGAGUGCAAUUUUUAAUAAAAUACGUAUAUUUAUAUGAGCGAUUACUUUUGCACUCAAUAUUAAGAGAUCAAAAUCAAGAGUGGUCAGCUAAUACAUGUCAGUAUGAAAAAUUGAAUGUUAUGCUUGCAUAGAAUAGAUUUUGCAUAUGAAAAUAAUAACUUUUUAUCUCUUAUACAUUUUAUACAUAAUAAUUUGUAAUUAUAGCCAAUUCAUUUUAGCUUAAAAAAUACCAACGUCUAUAAGAAACAUCAAUGAGUUACUUUACAGCUAAUGCCUCAUCCUCCUAGUAUAACAAAUUCAAAUAUAUCCAUGGUUUGAUUGGUUUUGAAAUUGUAUAACAUAUCAAAUAAUUUUUCAAAACCAGUUUGUUGAGAAAACUGAAUUCGCCAUGCAUAAGAAUAACAAAAUAACGGCUCUUGAAAAGCAAUUAAUAAUUCCUAAAUUCAAAUAUUCUUUCUAACAAAGAGUGAAAUGCGAUGCAAUAUUUUCAACCUCAGGUAAUAAAUAGUUUCUGGAGUAUUACGUGUUUCAUGUAAAUUGAUAUUUGCCAAGGUGCUAUUUAAAUCAACUUAUAAUAUACUUUGGAUGGCCUAAGUUGUUCAAUUGGGUGUUAUAUCGAGGUACAGUAAUCAAUAUAUUGCUCAAACACAUGAAUGUGUGCAAUCAUUAGUAAAUACUUCAUACCACAGGUAAUUUAAUGAUUAUAAAUAUGUACAGUAAUAUGAUCACUAUAGGCACGUUAAUAAUCCUGAAAUAUUAUAUAGGUAUCUUAUAAGGUAGCAGCAAAUCACACACUUUAUUUCAUUUUUACUGCUGUAUAUUGAAAUUCCUAGGAAAUUAUUAGUGUAUAUUAUGAAAGGUCUUCCACUAUUUUACUAUUGUUGAAACUUUCACAUUCGUUUAAUAGGGAACAUUAUUUUUCAUCAACAGCUAUCUACUUGUGUGUAAGCCAACGUGCUAAUAGUUAUCAAUUGUAAUAUAAAGUUGUUACAAAUAGUUCUAACAUAAGAAUACAUACCGUAUAGCACUGCCUAUCUGUGUUUCGGCACAAAUUGCUUGGAACACCUAUUGACUAUUAAUAAACAAUAAUCAUUCACUUGUUAUAAUGUUAAUGUAAUAAAAGAGGCAUUUACAAUAAAAUACGCAUAAUAAAUUGUUAA